AUCUAAUCACUUUGUCGUUUUCAAUAUAAAUGAAUAAAUCAAUUAAUACUAAUCAUACCUCAUACAUUUUCAUAUUUUCCAAUCACUAAAUGAGAUAAAAAGAAGAAAAAAAAACGAGAAUCUAAUUCAAACGUUAUUUACCAAAUUCUUUUUCAUGGCAAACUGUUACCAAAUUCUAUUUACGCCCAAUCAAACAGAAUAACAAAAAUCUACUUUAAAUCAAGCCAAACAAAAAUAACAAAUGCACUAUAUAAAGAUGUGAAAUCUCAAUAUAUAAACAACUUCCUUUAUCACUAUCAACAUAAACACUCACAUCUCACAUAUAUUGAACAAUAGUCAUUAAACAACAAAACUUGUAAAGAGAAAAAUGGCGGCAAACAUGUGGAAGAUGAUGAUGAUGGUGGCAUUGAUAAUGAUAGGAUGUGGUUUACAAGCAUGCAAUGGAAUGAAUGUGGGUAAAAGCAAUCCAACGAUGUUCAAAGGAUUUGCCUGCUUCAGAAGAUGUUCCAUAACUUGUAGUGUAAACCAAAACCAAAACCAAAACAAAAACCGGUGUUACAAAAAAUGUUUGAAGAAAUGUGGUCUAGUAUGGGUUUCAAAACCAAAACCAGCAUCAUCAUCAUCAACUCCUCCUACCUCAUAAUCUAUUUUUUUUUCUUUUCUGAUUUACGUUUUCCCGGACUAUAAUAAGUUUUAUCCUAAUUAUGUGCUAAGGAUAUCUUUCAUGAUUAUGAUUAAUGUAAAACUGAGAUUUAUAAUAAAUUUAAAUUAAUUA